CGCGCACCUGUCCCUUUAAGUGCGUGUCAAAGCCGAUUACCGCUGAUCUCCGUUGUGAUUCUGUUUCCACCCUCUGUCUGAAUCUCUGUUUUCCUAUUGCUGCCGGUGCGUCUUUAGUUUGUCCUUUUUUUAAUGCAUUUUUACGCAUUAUUUGUUUUUACUUCCACGCACUAACUAGAGAAACUGGCCGCUGAAGUUGAUGGGAUGCAAACGCAGAGGGAGUGUAUGUGUAACGGUGUGAGCUGCUCUGGGAGCCGGCAUUAAAGCUACCGGGCGGCGGACGGUCCAACUUUUUAUAUCAUGGUAAGCCCGGAUUACCUUCUCCAACAGACUGAGACAUUAACCGCCUUCCGUCUGGCAUCAAUGCGCUAAAAAUAACCGCAGCAGAAGCAGAAUAUCUAACGAUGCGCCGUGAUGUGUGAUGGCCUCUGCUUGAAGUUUGAAUAAGGACCGGGAAUAAAAUGCAGAAGAGCGUGCGCUACAACGAGGGGCACGCGCUCUAUCUGUCGGUGGUGGCGCGUAAAGAGGGCACGAAGCGGGGCUACCUGAGCAAGAAGACCACAGAGAACAGCCGCUGGACCGAGAAGUACUUCGCCCUCCACCAGAACGUGCUCUUCUACUUUGAGAACGACCAGAGUGCGAGACCCUCCGGCAUUUACCUGCUGGAAGGAUGCACGUGCGAGCGGACACCUGCGCCCAAGGUGUCCGCCGUCAGCAAGGAGCCCAUGGAGAAACUACAGCACUACUUCCUCAUCAUUUUUGGCCACGAGGGACAGAAACCUUUGGAGCUGCGGUCAGAGGACGAGUCGGACUGCAACGAGUGGGUGGAAGCCAUCCAGCAGGCCAGCUACUCUGACAUCAUGAUCGAGCGCGAGAUCCUCAUGCAGAAGUACAUCCACCUGGUCCAGAUCUUGGAGACUGAAAAGAUCGCAGCCAAUCAGCUUCGCACUCAACUGGAGGACCAGGACACGGAGAUCGAGAGGCUCAAAGCGGAGAUUGUGGUGCUGAACAAAGCCAAGGAGAGGAUGCUGCCUUAUCAGAACAACCAAGAAGAAGAGGACCCAGAUAUCAAAAAGAUUAAAAAGGUGCAGAGUUUUAUGCGUGGUUGGCUGUGCAGGAGGAAGUGGAAGAUCAUCGUCCAAGACUAUAUCUGCUCGCCACACGCAGAGAGCAUGAGGAAGAGGAACCAGAUUGUGUUUAACAUGGUGGAAGCAGAGACAGAGUACGUCCACCAGCUCUCCAUUCUGGUGAACUGCUUCCUCAGACCUCUGCGCAUGGCCGCCAGCUCCAAGAAACCCCCCAUAAGCCAUGACGACGUCAGCAGCAUCUUCCUCAAUAG